AUGCCAUCCCUCGCGCGAAAAUCGAUGAAGUUUAUGAGAGAUGUCUACAACAUUGCCGCGAACCCGGAUGGCAGUUCGGUCCCGGCAAUGCCAGCGCAUUCGCAAGGCUUUCAACCAAGCCAAGGUCUUUCUGGUCAGUUCACCCAGACAUACGGUCAUCAGAACCCUCCGCUUUCAGCUCAUCCGGCAUAUCCCGCCAACUCAUCAUAUGGCUACCCCUACGUGGGACCUCAACAGUCACAACCGCAACCGCAGCCUUACGGUUCGUGGAAUGUUCCUCCAACACCAGUAUCGCCUUUGUCACCACAGCCGGAACACAGUUUUCCACCAACCACUACCAGCUCACCGAAUAACGUGUCAGCGGUCGGGUUGCCUCUCUCGCCACAAGCUUGUUUGUCUCCGUCAACUCCGCAGCUGUAUCACCAGCAGCCUCAAUUUGCUGCCCCUCAGCCGCCACCACUUCCGCAAAGGCCGUCACAUCAUGGACAUUCUUCAUCGUGGCAAGGCUCAUCAGAGACCGGGUGGCAAAGCCAAUCUCAAAUGGAUCCGCCGGCCAUGAGUCACAGCGCGCAUGAGUACAACCAGGCUCCUCAAUAUCCGAUCCAGCCAUUCUCGAAUAUUCAACAUCCAGGCCCUGGUUCUUACCAUGGACAAACAGAAGCGCAAAGCACGAGACCGUCGCCCCCUCCAUUACCGCCGAGGAUGCAGGCUCAGAAACCAGACCUUGUGCCUAAACAAGCAGCUCGUGUGCCCAAUUCGCCCAAUUGGCCAUAUCCCAGCCAAGAGAGCUACGUGUCGACACCAAAUGUACCCAGCCCAGCCCAGUUCAAUCUCCCAGAAUGCCAUGAAAUGGCCGCCAAUGCUAUUCCAGCUCAACCACCAAUUCGCCAACAUCAACACGCCGACAUAUCCAGCCUUGCAGAAUUACCAGCCGCGGACCAUUGUCGUAUCACGCCGCCGCCUCCGAGCCUCGACAAACAUCCAGCAACAAUGGGAUCUACAGCAGUCGAUGCAGUCGAACUUCCCGCAUCGCCUAUCCGACGUUCGACUCAUCACCCAACACAUCAGAGGCGUACAUCGAGAACACAUUCGCAAGGACAUACUCCGCCGAAUGUAGAAGAACUCGAUUCCACACCCGCACCCGCAUCCGCAUCCACAUCCACAUCUGCACCGUUCGCUCUGACGCACAGGGACCUCGGCGUCGCGCUGCCUCCAUCGACGGUCAGAAGUCCUGCCUACCUCUCGCUAGCUCAAAGUCAACACUCGGACACUGACACCACAAUGCCGUUAUCCACGCCGCCGCCACCACCAUCUCUACAGACACCACCUUCCACUUCUUCAUAUCCUGAAGAGCCACCUUAUAAUGAACCACCUGCACGUGUCCGCCUCCGGCCUGCUGGCUCGGUACACGAGCCCAGUCGUAGCGGUAGUGGUAGCGGUAGCUGUGCAGCUGGAAGACCGGGCCGGAGGAUAAGUGCCGCUGCUGCGACGUUGCCGUAUCCCGAGGAGAACGGUCCGGUCGUGAUGCCUUUGCAUUUCGACUUUACCAACGCGGACAGGCAGGGCGCGAUGGUCGAGGGAACGAAGUGA